CCGUGUCAGCGAUUGGCCAGGCGAAAGCAAGGCCGACGAGACGUUUUGAGCUGUCCCCACUUCGGGGGUUUGGCCAAAGUCGAGACCCCUGGGCACCAUCCCGCCUUUCAGCCAGCCCCAUCCCGCCAGUCUUGCCCAACUUGGGCGACAGCAAAACAUGCAACGCCCAGUGCAGUUUAUCGACUGCACCGACUCGUCGCCACUGUCGGGCCUGUGGAGCCCACAGAGCCACCUGAAGCACCUAUUUUACGGGCCUGGUUGCGUGCAACGGCAUCUUCUCAAUGUGCUGCCGUCUCCCAAGUCCCGCGUCUUCAUCGUGACCGGACAGACGCUGGCGACGCAGACGCCACUGAUUCGCCAGCUCGAGGCCCUCCUUGGCAGCGACAUCCAUGCUGGCACUUUUGCGAGCAUCAAGCAGCAUGGGCAGGCAGCCGGAGUGGACGAGGCGCUAGCCCAGGUGUCUGCAGAUCCUUCCAUCGAUACCGUUCUUUCCGUGGGCGGCGGAUCACCGAUCGACUCGGCAAAGGUCAUCUCGUUUCGCACCAACGAGCAGCGGGGCCAUUUCCUCACUCACAUCGCAAUCCCAACCACCCUAAGCGCGGCAGAAUGUACCCCCGGCGGUGGCUUCACACGCAAGGACGGGGUCAAGGUGGGCUUCAUGGCAGACGGCAUGGGGGUGAGCGCCGUCUUUUACGACGCCCUCUUUACACGCUGCACGCCUCGCACCCUCCUCCUGGCCAGUGGCGUCCGGGCCAUUGACCACGCGGUCGAGACAGUGUACCACCCGCAGGCGUCACUGAUGCCCUGGAAGGCAACCGCGUGCUGGGCUCUGGGGGUCUUGUUUAAAUUCCUACCGCUGGUAGCGGCCAAGCUGGAUAGUGAUAUGGCACAGCCAAGCAGCGAAGCAGCCACGCGUCUUGGAGACGAGAACGAGAACGAGAACGGGAACGACCGCGGCAGAGCCGGAAACGCCAAGCCGGAAAGUGCCAUGAGAGCAAUCAAUCUUGCAGCACCAGACGCCGACAGCAGCAGCAGCAGCAGUAGCAGUCUCGACGACAUGCUCACUGUGCUGAUGCUGGCAGCCUAUGCCAGCUCUGGCCUCCGAGGCGCCAACUUUGGCGGUGGCAUGGGACUAUCUCAUGCGCUGGGACAUGCCCUUGGCAGUCCGUACGGGAUUUCGCACGGCGAGACGAGCUGCUUGACCUUGGCUGCUGUAAUCCGCCUCAAAGCCAAACACAGCGCAGAAGCCGCAUCGCAAAUUAGCUGCUUUCUGCUCCCGGCCAUCAGACAGACGCCGACUGGCGACGCAGUCCGGGAUGCUCUGGAGUUUGCCAGGCUGCUCGAUCAACUCGUCGAGCAGCUGGGGCUGAAGCAGCGACCGCUUUCCGAGCGGGGCAUAGGCAUGGACCAGGUUCCGGUUAUAGUUGGGCGCGCUGUGAAGGGACCCGAUGAGAAAGAGCUGCGGCACGCUGUAACCGAAUUGGUCGAAGCUCUGUUCUGAUUGCCUGUCUUGUCUGUGAUUGAGGGGCUGGCUAGCCUGGCUCUGCCAAUCUUCCAAGACUGGAAUUGGGUGAGUGGGCUGUCGAGUGGGGGAGAGCGAUGCGUUGGGCGAGGGCUAGGGUAGAGACUCGCGAAAGAGAACAUGGA